GGAGGAGGAAGCGGCCAGGGCUAGGUGGCGGCGGCGGCGGCGGCGGCGGUUGUAGGUUGUGCGACGGCAGCUGCUCUUCCCGGGGCGGACCAUGGACAGCCAGGGCAGGAAGGUGGUGGUGUGCGACAACGGCACCGGGUUUGUGAAGUGUGGAUAUGCAGGCUCUAACUUCCCAGAACACAUCUUCCCAGCUUUGGUUGGCAGACCUAUUAUCAGAUCAACCACCAAAGUGGGAAACAUUGAAAUCAAGAAUAACAAAAAGAUGGAUCUUAUGGUUGGUGAUGAGGCCAGUGAAUUACGCUCAAUGUUAGAAGUUAAUUACCCUAUGGAGAAUGGCAUAGUACGAAAUUGGGAUGACAUGAAGCACCUGUGGGAUUAUACAUUUGGACCAGAGAAACUCAACAUAGAUACCAGAAACUGCAAAAUCUUACUUACAGAACCUCCUAUGAACCCAACCAAGAACAGAGAGAAGAUUGUAGAGGUAAUGUUUGAAACUUACCAGUUUUCUGGUGUGUAUGUAGCCAUCCAGGCAGUUCUGACUUUGUAUGCUCAAGGUUUACUGACUGGUGUCGUGGUGGACUCUGGAGACGGGGUGACUCACAUCUGCCCAGUGUACGAGGGCUUUUCUCUCCCACAUCUUACCAGGAGACUGGAUAUCGCCGGCAGGGAUAUCACCCGGUAUCUCAUCAAGCUGCUCUUGUUGCGAGGAUACGCCUUCAACCAUUCUGCUGAUUUUGAAACAGUUCGCAUGAUUAAAGAGAAGCUGUGUUAUGUGGGGUAUAAUAUUGAACAAGAGCAGAAACUGGCCUUAGAAACCACAGUGCUGGUAGAGUCUUACACACUCCCAGAUGGACGAAUUAUUAAAGUUGGGGGAGAGAGAUUUGAAGCGCCAGAAGCUUUGUUUCAGCCUCACUUGAUCAAUGUUGAGGGCGUUGGCGUUGCUGAGUUGCUUUUUAACACAAUCCAGGCAGCUGAUAUUGAUACCAGAUCUGAAUUCUACAAGCACAUUGUACUUUCUGGAGGAUCUACUAUGUACCCUGGCCUGCCGUCACGGUUGGAACGAGAACUGAAACAGCUUUACCUAGAACGAGUUUUAAAGGGAGAUGUGGAAAAACUCUCAAAAUUUAAGAUCCGCAUCGAAGACCCGCCCCGCAGAAAGCACAUGGUCUUCCUGGGCGGGGCGGUUCUGGCAGACAUCAUGAAAGACAAAGACAACUUUUGGAUGACCCGACAAGAGUAUCAGGAGAAAGGUGUCCGAGUGCUGGAGAAGCUGGGUGUGACUGUUCGAUAAACCCGCAUGGCUCGUUCCCGUCACACCACUCACGCUUUCUUUUUUCCUUUAUUGGCAAUCUUUGAACUCAUUCAACUCCAGGACAUGGAAGAGGCGUCUCUGUGCCCUUUGACUGGAGAGGUCAAGUUUGAUUCUGGUGUCUUGGGGAAGCUUUGUUAAACUUUUGUUCCUGUGGGUAAAUCUGGCUGCUUAAUGCAACCGCUUCCCUACAAACAAAACCAGAGGGCAGAGGGUCUCUGCUGCUUUGUUUCUUCUGAGUAUGCGUUUAGAUCACUGCUGUAGCUUCUUAUUUUCACUUUACUGCUCUAAUGCUGCUAGUUUUAGUCUUUAGCACAGUAGGUGGUAUGCCUGAUUAGCAUAAGAACUUUAACGGAGCUUUUACACUUCCCCGGGGUGGGGCGGUAAGGGCGGGGUGGUUGCGCAGCCCUGAACCCCUUGGGGCAUCUUCUCUCUGGUGUGGCGCCUGCAACAGUUAGUGCUGCAGCUCUAGGUACCUUCAAGCUUCUCCUGUUAACAUGUUAGGGCAAUGUUAAGCUCAGAACUAAAGUGUUUUGGGUAGGUUAUUGUGUGGUGGGGCAAUGGGUAGUCUCUCUUGAUGAUCAUUUUUGAGGUUUUUUUUGCAAGUGGGGGUUGUGCAGAACAUGAGCUUUAUUUACAGUACUUCGAUUUGGCAGGUUUUCUUCUUUUGGUCUGCCUGGAACUGUACGCAUAUGAUAUAACAAGUGUAAUAUUUCAUUACCAUGUGGCUUAGGGAUUUUUUUUUAAUUGACCAUGUUAGCUGGGACUAGACUCCAUAGAAUCUCUCAGUGGAAAAGUAACAUUUAAGUAUGCUUUUAAAAAUAAAUAUUCUUUUAUUAAUUCAAAUUACAGUGCUUACGAGCUAGUGUUUUCUAAACGCUUCUGUUUAUUCUGGAAGCAUUAAGGUAACUCAGCACCCAGUACCAUUUCUUGCAAAGAAUUAUUUCGUAUAACUGACCAGUGCUUAUUUAAUAAAACAAGCAGUUACAUGUAAAUGGUUACUGGCAGUGGGUUUUCCUUGUUGGUGUAAAAAUUACAUUGGAAUGUGGGACUUGUUGCCAGUUGUGAUUCCCAUUUGCUUUUUGUUUUGAUUUGAGACCUACAAGCAGAGUAAAAUUUGACUGUUUAAAAUGUUGGCCAAAAACAAGAUUUAAAUGUCUGUACUGAAAACUAACCCUAACUUCUAAUUCUCAGAUGUGUUUUAUGCUUGCAGGAAGAGUGGUUGGGAUUUGUAAACGUCAGCAAACUUUCCUGCCUGUGUCAGAAAAUCCUAUGAAUCUUACCAGUGCUGUUAUCUGAAAAAACAUCAGAUAGUACCCAGACAUGAGUUCUCCCUAAAUUUGAAAAAUAAUAAGAAAUCACAUCAUGCCAAGUGUAAAAUACACAUUAUUUUUCUGUAUUUUAAAACAUUCUUUACUAAAAAUGAGUUUGAAAAGGAAAGCCUUAAUUUUUUGGACGACUGAAAUCAGAAAUUGGCUUGUCUCUUUGUAUGAGAAAAUUAAAAAUUGGUUUAUAUGAAAUAAGCAGCAAAAGAAGUUUAUUUUUAGUUACACAGUUCUGUUAAUACUGUUUUUUGUCUGUUUUACCUCAAUUUGAACACAGAAGUUGGUAUGCAUGCUGGACAUGCUUGGUGAACAGCCCUUGAACAGUGUCAGCUGGAUUUGGGGGCGUGGCUGUCAGAAUCACUUUGGAACCCUAAAGUGUCCCUAACUCAGACACCGUACUUGCAGCUGCUGCAGCCGUUUGAGGCAUGGGCUGAUGCAAGGACACGCGCUGUGUGUAGGGCCCGUGUCUGCUGACUCCUUAGUUCAGGGACGUGGAUUGACUCCUGGCCUUGGGUCGUGACUUUUUGAAAUACAGGAAUAAGAAACAACCAAGAAUGGGAAGAACUCUUAAUAAGAAAACUAACUCUUGUCAUUUGUCCCAUGAAUGUAGAAUUUGUUUUUAUUUUACAAUUGUGCUAAUGAAAUGCAGUUAAAAUGGUAUAUUAAUAUAUGUGUGAUAAUUUAGAAAUUCCAUUUUAUGAUUUCCCUGUCCUAAGGUGAAAUAAUACAUGUCAUCAUUGGGAGUUGGGAGGUGUUCUGUUCAGUUGGAAUUGUCUCCUACAAGUGGGGGUGGUUUCUGUUUUAAAAGAGAUCUGAUUUUUAGCUCCUGAAAACCCAUUGUCACGUAGAUUCCAAUGAUAAUUAAAAUCACCAAUGCCUUGAAGGGUUUCUCAGAAAACAUGGUACUGCCUGUCAGCUUCUGCACAGUUCUGACUGAGCACUGUCAGUGUCUGGAAAGUAUGUUGAAAGAUCGAUGACAAGCUCAGUAUUCUAAAUUGAAUGCAAAUAUACUUCUUACUGAUUCAGAAAAUAAAAUCAGAUUUUUCAAAGUAAA